AUGGCUACUGUUAAGGAAAAGAUCCAGAGUUUGAAACAGGAUGAAAAGUUCAUUUCUUUUGAAUUUUUCCCUCCAAAGACUGAUGGAGGGUUUAGAAAUUUACUUGCUAGAUUGAACCGUAUGCUGGCCUUAAACCCAUUAUUUGUCACUGUUACUUGGGGUGCUGGUGGUUCAACUAGCGAGAAAUCGUUAGAAUUGGCUUCCAUGUGUCAAAAGCUGCUUAAUCUUACCACAGUUUUACAUUUAACUUGUACCAAUACCAAUAAGGAAAUCAUUGAUGAUGCCUUGGAAAAGGCUAAAAAGAAUGGCGUUAGAAACAUUUUGGCCUUAAGAGGUGAUCCACCACGUACUGAAGAAUACUGGACUCCAAACUGUGACUUCAACUACGCAGUCGAUUUGGUCAAGUAUAUCAAGAAGCAAUACGGUGAUUACUUUUGUGUAGGUGUUGCAGGAUAUCCAGAAGGUCAUGUAGAUGGAUCUGAUGCUUCUUCGCAAGAUCCAGCUAAAGAUAUUCCUUACUUGGUUGAGAAAGUAGAAGCAGGUGCUGAUUUCGUCAUUACUCAACUCUUUUUCGAUGCUGACAAAUUCAUUAAAUUUGAAAACAUGCUUAAGCAAGCUUCUCCAAUCUUUGAAACUGUACCUUUGAUCCCUGGAUUAAUGCCAGUCACCACGUAUCUGGUUUUCUCAAGAGCAACAAAGUUAUCACAUGCAUCAGUACCCUUGGAAAUACUGCAUCGUUUGAGACAAGUUAGUAAUGAUGAUGAUCAAGUAAAGAGUAUGGGGGUUGAAAUUUUGAAAGAUAUUAUUUCUAAAAUUGAUUCGGAAACUAAUGGACGGAUCAAGGGUUAUCACUUCUACUGUUUGAACUUGGAAAAGGCUGUUGCUUCCAUUGUAUAUGAAUCGGAUGUCUUGAGACAUGUUUUAUCAUAUUCUAGUGAUUCUUUAGAAAAUGAUGUAUUUGAAUCGGAUUCAGAAUCUAUAUCUGAAGUUUCUAUUCCAAAAAGGAGAAGACCAUCAUCAAUAAUGAAUGAAAAUAAUUUAGCUGAAGAUUCUUCGGCUCUACUUACACCUUCAUCUAUUAAAGACGGACAAAAGGCACUUGUUGGUAAGGCUUUAAAUAAUGAAAAGAAAACAUUGGUUGAUAUUAGUACUGGUAAAGGUGUACUUGGGAAAGAAGCAGUAUGGGAUGAUUUCCCUAACGGUAGAUUUGGUGAUUCCAAUUCACCUGCCUAUGGUGAAAUUGACGGGUAUGGACCUACAUUGAAAGUACAAUCGCCUGCUCAGGCCAUGGUGAAGUGGGGUACUCCAGAAUCUAUUAAAGAUAUUACCAAAGUAUUUGUUUCAUAUUUAUCGGGUAAGAUUGAUAUGUUACCAUGGGUAGACUCUUCACUCUCUGCAGAGACAGCAUUGAUUCAAGAAGAAUUGUUUGAAUUAAAUCACAAGGGCUGGUUCUCUUUGGCUUCUCAACCAGCUGUAGAUGGAUGUUCAUCAGUUGAUAAAAUCUUUGGUUGGGGUCCUAAAUUUGGACACAUAUAUCAAAAGUCAUUUGUAGAAAUCUUCAUUCCUAAAACUGAAUGGAAUAAUGUUUUAAAACCAAGAUUACAAUCGUCCAUUGAUGAUUUAAUCGUUACCUAUUACUUGGGUGACAAUAAGGGGAAUAUUGAGUCCAAUUUUCCAUUGGGACGUGACGGAUCUUCGCAUAGCUCCAAGAAUGCUGUCACUUGGGGUGUAUUCCCUCUGAGAGAGGUGUUGCAACCAACAAUGAUCGAUAUUGAUUCCUUCAAGGCUUGGAAUGAAGAAGCUUUUAUUUUGUGGUUGGAAUGGGCAAGAUGUUACAAGAAGGAUUCAACAUCUUAUAAUCUCUUGAAUUCCAUCUAUGAAGACUAUUAUUUGGUCAGUUUAAUCCAUCAUGAUUUCAAGGAUGAAUAUGCCCUUUGGAAUGCCUUGUUAGAUAAAUGA